AUGGCUCCAAUCACCGACGAAAAGGUCGCCGACCUGAAGGAUCAAUUUCAUAAACUCGAAGCCCGGAUUCAUGAGCUGGAGCGGCGGAUCGAAGGCAGAGGGAGCAAACCUUCGGUCGCAGAGUCUAUGCGCAUGAUCCUCAUCGGCCCUCCUGGCGCAGGCAAAGGCACACAAGCUCCUCGGAUUAAAGACAAGUACUGUAUCUGCCAUUUGGCCACCGGUGACAUGCUUCGAGCUCAGGUCGCUAAGAAGACACCUCUUGGAAGAGAAGCUAAAAAGAUCAUGGAUCAAGGCGGCCUGGUCAGUGAUGAUAUCAUGAUCAACAUGAUCAAGAAUGAGUUGGAUACCAACCGGGAAUGCGCCAAUGGCUUCAUUCUCGAUGGUUUCCCACGAACCGUCGCACAGGCUGAGGGUCUUGAUUCCAUGCUUGCCGCCGAAUCCAAGCCUCUCAAACAUGCUAUUGAACUUCAAAUCGACGACGGUCUCCUCGUUUCUCGUAUCACUGGUCGAUUGAUCCAUCCUGCCUCGGGACGAACUUAUCACAAGGUUUUCAAUCCACCCAAGGAGCCCAUGAAGGAUGACGUGACCGGUGAGCCUUUGAUUCAAAGAACCGACGACAAUGCCGAAACUCUGAAGAAGAGACUCGGUACCUAUCAUCAGCAGACGAGCCCAGUGGUAGCAUACUACAAAACCAAGGGAAUUUGGUCCGGAAUUGAUGCCAGUCAAGAGCCUGAUCUGGUGUGGAAGAGCAUUCUCGGCGUUUUCGGGGAUACCAAAGCUACCUCUUCUUCGGGCAGUAUCUUGAGCAAGAUUGGAUUGCGAUAG